AAAUAGAGUUACCACCUUCAUUUGCUUGCCACGCGCUUGCGAAAUUGACAUAGAUUUCGCGGGUCUGCUGUAAGCCGUUUGAACCACAAAUAACCGUCAAAAAUAUACCUUUAUCUUAUUUGUGUGAGGGUUUUUUACGAUACAGUAUGUAUUUACCCAGUUUAUUCUGAGCACUGCAAAGGCUAAGGGCAGGAAGCAUUCCCUUGAAAGCCAGAAUGGCUCCAAGCCCGAGCCCUCAGUUGGAGAAUAUAAUCAACGCAGUGUUAAAGAGUGGUGAUGUGCAGCUACUUGAUGCGUUCUUGGAGAUGAACACAUGUAAAGACAUCUCCAUCAAAUGUUCCCAACAGUUCCUCAAUAAAUUGGAUAAACUUGUCACCCAGAGCUUGGACCACACUGAAAUCACUACAGCCAGUUUGGGUCUUGCGAGCCUCUACAAAUGUGGGAAAAACCUGAAAUUACCUAGUGGGCAAGGACUCUCAGGUUUAAUUUCUCAAGGGCUAAUUAAGAAGAUGGUACAGUGGUUUGAGAAAUGCAGGAAACUAUGGAUCCAACACGGCCCAAAAUGGGAUGAGACUUUGUUGACGCUCUCUGAGAACUUCCUAAAUGCAUUAAUGGUAGUUCAUGAGUCGUGCAAAGAGGGAACUUCCAAAGUCACUGAGUCCUUUUUGUAUCCUGUCGGUCAACUGGCAGCAGACCCCAGAAUCAACAUCCAGAUCCAGAAAGAGGUGAUUCGUAAAUAUAAUAUAAUUCUGGAUAAAAUCCCAGUGGAGUUUAAGAAAAACAGGAAGAUCCUAACAUCACAAGCGGCUUCAGAUAUCAUGACCAAACUGGCAGGUCGGAUUCUGGAGGGUGGUGAUUAUGACUUGCAGUCAUCCUUGAUGGAAGCAUUGUGCAGAAUGGCCACUCCUGAUCAGAGGAAGAAGCUUGCAGAUCGAUGGUUCAGCAUGGGUCAUGUCGCCAGUGCUUUUGCCCAGAUCAGUGAUUCAGAGUUUGAAACGGCUUGCAGAAGGUUUCUGAACAUGGUGAAUGGAAUGCAGGGAGACAAAAGAAGAGUGUACUCCUACCCUUGUUUGAAUGUUUAUCUGGGCAAGUACGAGCUGCACAUACCAUCUGAUGAAAAGCUCGAGGAAUUCUGGAUCGACUUCAACCUUGGUAGCAGCAGCAUCUCCUUUUACUUUUCUUUGCCCGAUGAAGAGGACGGCCACUGGGAAACAAUUUGUAUCAACGAGAAUGAAGUCGAAAGCUACACGGUGACAGAGGUGGGCAAGAGGCAGGUCUUGCAGAUAAAGCUAUCAGAGGUAGUUGUUGUUGAUUCAGUGGAAGGAUCCAGUCUCACCAUCCGUUUCAGCUCCGCACUGGACAUCCUACAGGCCGCUCGCGAUGUUUUUGGAGAUGACAAAAACAAAAGCACCCGUGUGGUGAAAACUGGAGUUAAACCCACAAUAACGGGGGACAGCACCCAGGUCGUUCCAGAGAGCCAGGUGUCCCUUGGGGAAAGUGAGAAAACCACUGUCCCCUACGCUCCAACUGCAACUGCACAGAUGGUGACCCCUGCCAAACAUAGGAUGUCAGAGUCCACAAUGUUUAUCAGCAGUAGUGAGGGAGGAAGUGUAAAUGCUGGGAGUUUUUUUGCUGUUAAAUCAUCAACCAAGAAAAAAGGCAGUACCUCUAUGGCAAAGGUCUCUGUGUGUGGCACAACUAUUAUGACCUGCAGCCAUAACACAACACCAUGCAGCUCAAAUGUGGUUAACAAGAACGAGCAGAUGCCAGUGGCAGAAGCAGAUGAUGUCUUUGUAUCUGGACGGGGAGAAGAAAAGUCUCAAGAGGCCUAUUUUGUACCUGACACACAACCCAGCGCGGCAUGUAACACAAGCACUAACUGGAGCAAAUUGUCCAUCUCUGAAAUGCCGACAAUGCAGAAAAUCGGAUCCUUACGAAGACCUGACGCUAAUUCAAGUGUGGUGGGACCGCAGCAGCGCUGCCCUUCAUCCAGACAGAAAUUGUCAGUUUCAGGCUCACACCUCGUCUUCCAUGAGGAGUUCCACACUGAACUCACUGAGCGCCUGCAGAAGGUCAUCAAUGACAGGAACAAAGAUCCUCUGCCUCAGGAAUCAUCUGAUGACCAAAGAAACAUGUCCAACUCCAAAAGGGGCUCUGAAGAAACACACUCGGAAAACAUAUGUGGUUCUGUGAGUGUUCCCAAAAUGCAAAAGGCCCAGAGAAGCAAACAAUCUAAAGAAAAGAGGAAAGCUCAGAUGUCACUGGAGACAAACACUGGUCCAACAAAAGCUUCAAACAAGACCUUCACAAAUAAAACUGUCCAGGACCGAAAAGAAUCUGAGGUCAAAGAUUACACUAAGAUGGCAAUUUCAAGCAAAGAGAAAAGAAACUCAGAGGUCACAGCUAGUAUGAUGAAGCUCAUCUCCAGUCGUUACAAGAUGAAAACCCAAACCACAAGAAAAAACAAUGCAGAGAAAAUUACUCAGAACUGGAUUCCCCCUCUCAUAAACCGACCAAUCUUCAACAUGGAGGUGAUGCCAACACGUUACAAGGAAAAACGUGGACCAAUAAGUCAAAGGAAAUCCUUGAUCUCCACCACAACCUCUGUUAGACAAAUGAAGGAUAGCUUUGCAUUCAACACUGAUUCACCUCUCUGCAUUGGGGGAGAAAACCAAUGCUAUACCAAAUCACUUGUCACAAACAGUGGCAUCCACAACUCCACCACGCUUCUCAUCACGACUAAGAAAGCACAACCUGUGGCAAAAAACAAGCUACAUGUGAAAAAGCAUCUGUUCAGUGACACUGACACAGACAAUGCUCCGACGGAUGUCAGCUGGCUGAGGGAAUCAGCCAGAAAGCCCAAGCCCCAAGUCAUCCAGUACCCCAGACAGGCACAGAUCAAACCCAAAACAGUCCCUCCUCAGUCUCCAGACAGACCCCCAGAUUUGCAAUCACUCUCUUCAAAAGUUGUGAAGGGUAAUAGCAAACUUGCUCAGACUGUGAAUCACCCAACGGCAGUGAAGGUAGCAGCAGCACCCAGUAGACCAUGUGCAGUUGAAAAGAGGCCCAGGAGAGUGGCAGCCACCUCUACGAAAAGCUACAAGGAACCCGAUACAGAUGACAGCCAGUCUGAAACAGAGAAACCUCAAUCACCCAAGCGUCCACCCAAUGAUAAUAUGAAGAAUUCAGAAAAAAUGAACAAGGUUGCUCUGACAAAAAAGAAAAAGACUGCGAGCAAACAGUUAACUAAAAUGAAACUACCCACAGAGUCUGUGUUGGAUGUGCAUCCUUCCUCCAAGGUAGAGCAGUGGAACCAGGAGAACUGUGCAGAGGAUCCACCAAUAAAGAAGAGUAAAAAUAGCCUCUCUGACCACCGAGCAGAUAAAUAUAGCACGUUGUCAGAUUCCAAAACAACAGGCUUAAAGGUUAAGGCUGUGAACGUUCCUCAGGAAACUUUGAUGUUGAAUAAGAAAAAUGUCAUCCCAGGCCGAGAACAAACGAGCGCUUUGAAGGAUUCCUUGGCUGCCUGCCAUACCUCUUUCUGUCCGUCCCCUCCUUUCAUUGAACAGAUGAGAUCUGCUGAGAGGUCAGCUCCAACCUUGGGCUUGACCUGCUCUGCUGUCCUCACCCCGCGGGGAUCCCCACUCCCCACCACCCGAAAUCCUCCCUGCCAGGACACCCCCUCUCCAAUCCUGCUGCUACCCAAAGUUCGCUCGACAGUCAGCAAUAAAGGGCAAUGUAAACCGUCUUCUUUCUACGAUGCAGAGAAAAAUCAGGACUCUUCUAAUACUCUGUUCAUCCAGUCUGUCCCUUCUCCCUGUUCACUGGCAGGUCAGACCCUUGCACCCAGUCCCCCCACUGAACUCAGUGCUGCAGAGAUUUGUGCAGUCCAGCAGCGUCUGUCCUCAGCGCCUCAGUCCUAUUUGUCUUCAUCCACACAUCCACUCUUGACAUCAACUUUUCUUGAGCUAGACAAGCCACCCGUACCGUCUCCCCCUCAGUCGCCGUUCCCUGGGGACACCUUAACCAAUGGUUAUCACCUUGACCUCAGUAAAGUGUCCUCAGUUUCCCUGGGCUCACUAAGCCGGUCAUCUCCGAAGUCAUCCGUACUCAGUAGGAACAUUAACUCCACUGCUGUGCUGACCAUGUCUUUUAAAGAGAAAACACCAGUCUCUGACAAGAGCCUUGAGCUGACAGACCACCUUGUCUCAGGACCCUCUCGUAAGCGCUGCGUCUCAUCAUUCAGUAAUUCAGAGAUUUCAGAGGAAGAUGAGAAAAAAGAGGAGAAGAAGAAAAGCAAGAUUAGACGCCAGCAGUGUCCUCGAAUGAAGCCAAGAAAACUGUUCAAGUCUUUUGCUGAGGUGUCUGUUAUGGAUGAGCUGAGCCACAUAAGUUCCAGUCACUGGGAGGCUGAAGACGUGGAUGGGGACCUGGACCUGGAUGAGGACUCAGAGUUGCCAGAAAGGACUCUGAACCCAAACAACCUUUGUCAGCAGUUGAGCUCUGAGCUGAAAAACAAGCUCCAGAACCAUUUCAAGAUGAUGGAGAUCUACAAUAAACAGUCUUCCAAGGCUGUGCAGCAACAUAUUUCCUCCAUUGGUGUCCAGCUUGACAAAAACAGAGUUCAAUGGCUUGGCCAAGUUCAAAAUGUCCUUUUAGAGGAAAUCCAGAAGAUGGAGCUGGAUGACAACAGGCUGAAAAACAUGGAGAAAGACCUGACUAUAUACUGGAAAAAGCAGAUGAUGACUUUCCAUUCCUACCAGAAGCAGGAAACCAAGAGAAAUGAUACACUGAAGAGAACCUUCCAAAGCAUAUCUGGUCACAGCUGGGAAUACGAAGAGGGAAUGUUCAAAUCAGAGAUGUGCCUGAUAAAAAAAGACAUGAAGUCGAUUCAGGACAGACUCCUCAAUGAAAUGCAUGAAGAAGAGAUCCAGAGUGUGAAGAGAGGACUACAUGCUUUGUUUUUCCCCUGAUGGAGCCAGGUUUGGAGGUGGUCAAAGGUGACUCUACACCAUGAACCAAGGUGGAUGUCAACAUGUGAUGCACUCUUCUGAGUAGCUUUUUUGUGCUUAUUUCUACUCAAAUGCUCGCAUAGUGUUUUUACUCCAGUUUCCUUUGUUUUAUGUAGAUUGAUCCAGUUGUUUAGAGCUGGAUUUGUUCCUCAUAGGCACUGUGGUUUGUUAGAUGCGUUUCAAAAUCUUUUAAGAGUGUUCUUUACUAUCUGGUUAAAUCUAAAUGAUUCAAACUGGACAUUCGCUUCUGUAUGGCUUCGAUAUUUUUAAAACACUGCAUUAACGUUUUAGUAUUAUAAGCAGUUGGAAUGCUGAAAAUGUAUCUAGUUGUUUUUAAGCCACUUAUUAACUUCAUUGUUAACUGGAAAUGAAAUAGUUAAAAUAAAUAAAUACACUGGCCGUUCUUACAAAACAUGUUGUAUUUUGGAGACAGUUUUAAAGUAGUGCUUACAAAGGUUUUUCUCUUUUCAGUGAAGACACAGUCAGUCCCAUUCUGAUUGACAUACUGUAUGUACAGUUAAUAUCAAAUUCCUCCCCAACACAUUCUCACCCGACUUCACAGUCUGUACACGGUCCAAGUGACACAUUAUUCAAUAGUUAAGAAAAGGUGGUCACAUGCACUACUUCCUCCCACUACACAGAUUCACACCGAUUUGUCAAAGUAGUCCUUGAAUUAGUAUUAAAUUAAUGACAGGAUUGUUUUUUUUCACCCUCUGCUCUUGUUCUGAGAGUCAGAGGGUUUCCACCAAAGUCUCUUCCACCUGCCUGCUUCCAUGUUGCAUCCAGCAGUCUCCAGGACGCACUGCUGCAAACAUCCCUCUGUCGUUUCUCCUACACCCAUUUCUUCAUACUGAUAAUAUGAGGGUGUAGGAAGAAAGUUAAAGACACGCCGAAGACAAAA